UAUGAUAGUAUCAACUAGGAAAAAGUAACGUGAAAGUUUGGCAAAUUGCAUAUUAGAUAAUAGGAUAUUCUCUGUGUGUUUCUGGUUUUGUUCCUUUCAAUAUUCCCUUUUUUUUUUUUUUAAAUAUUUCGCAGUUUUGGUCACUUCUGAGUUUGACCAAGACUGAUGAGAAGUAAAGGCACUUAAGCUGGGGCGCGCACUUUUCAAUGGGAAAUUGCUUGUCCGACGUUGCCGGAGGCAGUGCUGCCGUUGGCGGCACCGCCGGCGAUCUUCGGAAUCCGGCGGGCGCUCCAAACGAUGCCGUCGAGAAUUUCCUCAGGUCUCGUGGCUACCACGGCCUCUUCUCUCAGAUCGAGUUGUCGUUUUCCGCUUCUGGCUUGCGUGAUCGUGAUGUGCUCUCUAAGAGUGAUCCAAUGAUGGUUCUUUAUAAAAGAGGGCAAAAUGGAGCACUUGAGGAACUUUGCCGCACAGAAGUAGUUUUGAAUUCAUUGAAUCCCACGUGGAUUACCAAACACACCCUUAUUUAUCAUUUUGAGGUUAUUCAAGUUUUAGUGUUUCGUGUGUAUGAUAUUGAUACUCAGUUUCACAAUGCAGAUGUAAAGAUGCUUAAACUAGAAGAGCAGCAAUUUCUUGGUGAAGCGACUUGUGCACUAUCUGAGAUAAUCACAAAACCUGAUCAAUCAUUGACUAUAGAUAUACAUACAGAGGAUCCUCUUAGAUCUACCCUAUCCCAAAACUGUGGGAAACUCUUGGUGCAUGCUGCGGAAUGUGUUAGCUCAAAGACUGCAAUAGAGAUAGUGUUCAGAUGUUCAGAUUUGGAGUACAAGGAUCUCUUCUCCAAAAGUGACCCCUUUUUAUUGAUAUCAAAAAUUAUAGAAGGUGGCACCCAAGUUCCAAUUUGCAAAACAGAAGUUAUAAAGAAUGAUCUCAAUCCAAUAUGGAAAUCAGUGUUCUUGAAUUUUCAACAAGUAGGAAGCAAGGACAGCCCUUUGAUAAUUGAGUGCUAUAACUUUAAUAACAAUGGCAAACAUGAUUUGAUGGGAAAAAUGCAGAGAUCUUUGGCAGAGUUGGAGAAGAUUUGUAAUAAUGGCCAAGGAGAAAAAUUAUUUUUGCCUUCUACUGGUGGACAGAACCACGAUAACAAGGUGUUAAAGAGCCAACUAUUUGUGGAUAAAUUUACUGAAAGUGUCCAAUACACUUUCUUGGAUUACUUGGCUGCCGGAUUUGAAUUGAAUUUCAUGGUGGCUGUUGACUUUACAGCUUCAAAUGGAAAUCCACGUCUUCCAGAUUCUUUGCAUUAUAUUGAUCCUUCAGGACGGCCAAAUGCAUACCAGAGGGCAAUUAUUGAGGUUGGGGAAGUGUUACAGUUUUAUGAUUCAGACAAACGAUUUCCUACUUGGGGAUUUGGGGCACGGCCAAUUGAUGGUCCUGUUUCCCAUUGUUUCAACUUGAAUGGAAGUAGUCAUUACUGUGAGGUGGAAGGGAUCCAAGGAAUUAUGAUGGCAUAUACAAGUGCCCUGCUUAACGUCUCUCUUGCAGGACCAACUCUUUUUGGACCUGUCAUAAGCACUGGAGCACUGAUUGCCAGUCAAUCUGUAGCAAAUGGUGGAAGAAAGUACUUUGUUUUGUUAAUAAUCACAGAUGGAGUAGUGACAGAUCUCCAAGAAACAAAAGAUGCUAUUGUUAAAGCAUCUGACCUACCAUUAUCAAUCCUUAUUGUUGGAGUAGGAGGAGCUGAUUUCAAAGAAAUGGAGGUUUUGGAUGCAGACAAGGGAGAGAGGCUUGAAAGUUCAUAUGGACGCGUUGCUUCACGUGAUAUAAUUCAAUUUGUUCCAUUUCGGGAGGUUCAAAGUGGAGAGUUUUCAGUUGUUCAAGCACUUCUAGCAGAAUUACCAACUCAAUUUUUAACUUACGUGCGGAGUAGAAAUAUCCAACCGAGCCUCUAGUCAUGCGAAAAAUGUACAUAGAAAGGUUUUCUGAUCAUUGAUCAUUCUGCAAUGUCGAGGUCCUUUUCAGUUCUUCAAUCAACAAAUUCGGCUAAAGGGGGCCAAAGGGCUGAGAACUCUUGCUUUGUGCGGAUUAACGCCUCAACGAAGAUUCGCCGGCUAGCUGUCUUAUCUAAAAGAUAUAUAUGAUCGAGCCUUAUGGUUGGCAUUUCCUUUUCUUUUUGCGCUUGUGUCCUUUUGGCUUUUCCUAGGUGAUUGGUUUGCCUGAAAAGACUAGUACUACAAGUUGAAUCAAUGUUUUUUUUAAUGGAAAUCCAAUAAUUUGUGUAUGUCUUUCGAUGGCAUUUGACAAAUAUAUGCAGAAUAUUCAGAAAGAAAUGUAGCACUGUUGAAGUUUUUUUUUUUAUUCAUUAUACCAAUUUUUGGUUGGCUGUAAAUGUUCAUUUAAAAGGAAAAUGUAACUUAUAACACGGAAUUUGAAAUUCUGGAACACAGGACAUAAUCUGCUAUAAUGAAAAUUAAGUAGCAGAUC